UGCCCAUCAAUGCCACCUGCCAGUGCCCAUCAAUGCCACCUGCCAGUGCCCAUCAAUGCCACCUAUCAGUACCAGUCAGUGCCGCCAAUCAGUGCUGCCAAUCAGUGCCACCUAUCAGUGCCAGUCAGUGCCACCUAACAGUGCCAGUCAGUGCCACCUAACAGUGUCAUAUAUGAGUGCUGCCUUUCAGUUCCCAUCAGUGAUGCCUGUCAAUGCCCAUCAGUGUCACCUAGCAGUGCCUCCUCAUCAG